UUCUUUGGAUAUUUUUCUUUGUCCCUUCUCCAUAGCUUUUUCUUCUUUGAGCCUCAAAACUCAAUAAGCACCUAAAGAUGUCAAGGGCGGUGGUUUAUAUCCUAAUAGCCACCGCCAUAUUGUUCUUCAUAUUCCGGUCCCCUUUGAAUCAUGAGGAGUCAAAGGGUCGCCUUAAUCGCAGGUUUGGGUACAAACUACUUGAGCGAGCCCCAAAGUUUGACCCUCUUGUGACAAAUAUAGAGAGAGUGGUUGAAAACAAAAUGUAUCACGAACCUGCUCCUCGUAUGUUGUCCAAUUUGGAUAGUACCGCAUCAGUCAGUGAUGCUGUAGAGACUUACCAAUAUCUUACCUCGGGUGGUAAAUUGAACACGACGUUACGUUUGAUCAUUUUGUUCCCUUUGUUAGAUAGAGAACCGAAAGAUGGGGUGAUCGAUUUUAAUGAGUUAGAGGCUUGGAUUAGUCAACGAGCAACAGAGAGAUUAGAUUAUCUCACGCAAGCUGAGUUGGAUUCCAAAGACAAGAACAGGGAUUUGGCCGUCUCUUUUAAAGAGUAUUUACCUCAAUUUUCUGAAAUGGAUAUAGGGAAAAAGGAAAUGGGGCAUGGCGAAGCAGGAUGGUGGAUGGAAAGAUUUGAAGUUGCAGACAUUAAUCACAAUGGGCUUCUGAACUUCACCGAACUUAAAGAUUUUUUACACCCCGAAGAUAGCAAAAAUCAAGAAAUGUUGAAAUGGAUGUUGAAAGAUAGACUAAAGCGCAUGGACAAUGAAAAUGAUGGGAAACUAAACUUCAAUGAAUUUGAAGACCAUCUAUAUAGUACAUAUGAAAGUUAUAUGGACUUUGAAACUAAUGGAGGACAUGUGCAUUCUCCAAAAGAUAAAUUUGUUGAGCUUGAUGUGAACAAAGACCAAUUUUUGUCCCCAGAAGAAUUGAUACCGAUACUUUCUUAUCUCUACCCUGGAGAGCUAGCUUAUGCUAAAUAUUUCACGUGUUACUUAAUGAAUGAGGCUGAUGAUGAUGGAGAUGGAAAGUUGACACUUCAAGAGAUGCUUGAUCAUGAAUUUACUUUCUACAACACAGUUCAUGCUGAUGGCUACCAAGAAAGCGAUGAUGACCAUGAUGAGCUUUGAUACAUAUCAAAAGCUCCAUCCUAUGAAGAACAAAACAAAAGGAGGAGGGUUGUCACCAUCAAAGUACAUAGUUGAACAAGAGGAUUAUUAGAUUUAGAAAACCACUCUCCUUCAUUGAAAUCACCAGUAUGAAUGAAAUGUUUUUGUGGGUGACCAUCUGU